GAGCACCCCAUCCCUCCCUCCACAUUCCCUUGACUCCUUCUCAAUGGCAAAUACCUGCACAUUGCACCCCCGUUUAGCUUCCUGGGCGAUAUCACUGCGAUCUUCACGCCUGCAGAAUCUUGAUUCUGCAACGCCCUGCGCGAUCCAGCCUCACUUUCCAUCGCCAAUCACACCCACCACUGAGUAAUGCUAGUGCAUCUUCAUUAUCGCCUGCCUGCCCUCCAACCGUAACCAACGAUGCAUCCCGCGGCGGAAAACAAGGAUGCAGACCCCAUGCAGCAACACUCCGACCCAGCAAACUCGGCCAAGGACCCCUCCCAUCUUUCCGCCCCCUCCAUGGACCUCGUAGCUUCCUCCGAGAUAGCCGCUAGAGAUUCCGAUCCACCAGGAAACCACAAGAGCUUCUUUCGCGGGGUCCAAUGGACUCCUGACGGCACAACACUCAUCGCUACAACGUCCGACAACCGGCUGUCGGCCUACGUACUGCCGGCAGAUCUCCUCGACCCCAACGGCCGGCCCCGGACGUUGACGCUGCAGGGCCAACUGCGUCUACCGGAACCCUUCUACUCGGCAGCUGUGUCACCCUACUUCUCUUUAGCCGACCCGCAAACCCAGCUUGCACUUCUCGCCUGCAAAGAUCACCCUAUCCAGCUCUACCACGUCUUUGCAGACUCUCAGUCUUCGCCUCCGCUAUGCUCCUACAAGCUUAUCCGACGAGAGACAGAAGAGUACAUCUGCCCCGAGUCCCUCUUGUGGUCCUGGCCUGGGACCCAUUUCCUAGCCGGCUCGACAAAUCGCCUCGACCACUUUGACGUAUCACGGACUGGCUCUGAUGGUCCCAUCUUGACCAUCCCUACCAUCCCUUCCAAGCGGCAUCUCCUCAAAGGUGGCGGCGUUGGCAUGAAGGGAAUGGUCUCUGCGCUGUCAAGCCAAUACCCGGACGAGUCUGGCGCUUGCAUCGUCGCCGCCGGCACCUGGUCCCGUUGGAUGGGUCUCUACGACGUGACUCGGACAAACAAGGCCGUUGCGAACUGGAGCAUCCAAGGCGUUGACAAGUCUCACUUCGGCCGAAAUAUCGGGGGAAACGGCAUUGUUCAAACCAUAUGGAGCCCAUGUGGACGCUAUCUGGCCAUCAAUGAGCGACAGGCAAACGGCAUUCUCGUCUACGAUGUGCGUGGAACAGGCCAGCCUCUGAGCGUCCUGGUGGGCCGAACCACCAACAGCCAACAAAGGCUGGCCUGCGACGUCUUCCCCAGUACUGGUGAAUCGUCCGGUGGUUUCGAGCUAUGGGCGGGAACAGAGACUGGCCAAGUUCUCGUCUAUGAAGCCGUUGGCUGCACAGAGGGCGUUCAUGACAAGUCAUGGGACUGGGCUGCUCAUCAAUCACCCGUCGGGAGCUCAGGGGUCCACCCCACAGGAUCGGUAAUCGCCACCUGCUCUGGCGGCUGGACUAGCCACGGGGAUGAGGAAUUGGACAAUGGCCUGGGUGUCGCGGGCAACGACGGUCAGCCUCGCCUGGCAUCAGCAUGCAUCAGCUCCGAAUCAUCACUCAAAAUCUGGACCUUGGCGCAAGGUCCAAUCAGUCAUCCGGCCGAUGGCUCCGAGGAAUCGUGAGCAACACGAUUUUGAAGGCUCUUUGGUCUGUGACAGGCGAAGCGCCUCGUAGAGACGCCUGGUAUCAUCGAUGCCCUAACGGCAUUUUGAAUAGCGAGUCCAUUGAUGACUCUGCAGAGCAUCAUCCUACUGCAGGGCUUGAAACGCUGCGUGCAAUUUGGAGGUGCUGAUCUUGCGACGACUCCGGCUACCGUGAUACGGCCCUAAUUCCUCCGUUGUAACGGCGAGAUCGAUGGCCUGGCGUGUAUCUGAAUCUGGCCGAGGUCUCAGCAUGU